GAUUUGAUGUAAGGAUAAAUAGAAAUUAAAAAGUACAAGAGAAAAAUGGGGCGUCGAGGAAGCUCACGAAUUGGACCAUGGCAUUCCCCCCGCUGCCGCUCCACCACGUUACCCGCACCGCCCACUUUUUCUCUCCUCCUGCUGCUGCUGCUCCACCACCAUCUUCUCUUUUGCCUGCCACUCUCCCCGCAGCGAACCAGGAAGCCAAGCAUCCCAAUCACCGCCGUCGUGGCAUCCUCCUCCGACAUGAGCAACAGCAAGAGCAACCACAAGAGUCUCCCCAGGACCCGCAGGCCAGAAGAGAGAAGCACAAUAAUUAUCCCAAGCUCACCAUUCGAGCCCGGCUGAGCCAGCUCUGCAAGGAGGGCCGUCUUGACGCAGCCCGUCGCCUCCUCUCCGAUUCCCUCGCCCGCUCUGCCCCCACCCCCACGCUUCUCUGGAACACCCUCCUCAUUGGCUACGUCUGCAACUCCCUCCCCCACGAGGCCCUCCGCCUCUACGCCCUAAUGAACUCUUCCUCCUCCCACCACCACUCUCGUCAUGGCUGCCCCCGCUCCGACGCAUACACUUACUCCUCCGCGCUAAAGGCCUGCGCUGACUCCCGCCAGCUUCGGCUCGGCAAAUCCAUCCACUGCCACGUCAUCCGUCGCUCUCGGGCACCCCCCAAGAGCCAGAUCCUCAAUAACUCCCUUCUCAACAUGUACGCUUCCGCUCUUGAGCCUGAGACGUCCCACGCCGAUACCAUCCGUUUCUUGUUCGAUAGAAUGCCUAAGAGAAAUGUCGUUGCGUGGAAUACAUUGAUCGGAUGGUACGUCCGAUGCCGCCGUCCUGAUCGUGCGUUGGCACAGUUUAGGCUUAUGCUGGAGGUCGGUAUUCGGCCAACUCCUGUCAGUUUUAUCACCGUCUUCCCAGCGGUUGCUGCUACGGAGGAGGGUAGCCAGUACGGCGACGUGCUCUAUGGGUUGAUUGUUAAGCAUGGCCAUCACUAUAUCGACGAUCAGUUUGUCAUCAGCUCCGCUGUUUUGAUGUACGCCCAACUUUCGGAGGUCCAAUCAGCGAGGCGGAUAUUUGAUCAAGCGAAGGAGAAAAAUACGCAAGUGUGGAACACCAUGAUUGGUGGGUACGUUCAGAAUGGUGGUUACGGUGAAGCUCUUGCUCUCUUGGUCCAGAUUUUGGAGUCAAACAUGGUUGAUCCCGACGCUGUGACGUUUCUCUCCUCCCUAAUGGCGGUCUCGCAGUCGCAGGAUCUCGGGCUGGGGAAACAAGUCCAUGCAUAUCUGAUCAAGAGGAAUUGUUCCCUGCUGCCUUUGGUGCUGUGCAAUGCGCUCAUAGUUAUGUAUUCGCGGUGUGGUAAAGUUCAGGUUGCGCUCGAGCUUUUCCGUCGGAUGCCCCAGAGAGAUGUCGUCUCAUGGAACACCAUGAUUUCGGCUUUUGUGCAGAACGGUUUAAAUCUCGAGGGGGUAUCGCUGGUGUACGAGAUGCAGAAAGAUGGGUUUUUGGUGGAUUCAGUGACUGCGGCGGCUUUGCUUUCGGCAGCAUCCGAUGCGGGCAAUAUCAUGAUGGGAAAAGAGACGCAUGGUUACCUCCUUCGGCACGGCGUCAAGUUUGAUGGGAUCGCUAGUUAUCUGAUAGACAUGUAUGCAAAGUCGGGCUCGGUCGAGAUCGCACGGCGACUGUUUGAUGGGGAGCAAGCGGAUGAGCGAGAUAGAGUCACCUGGAAUGCGAUGAUUGCUGGGUACACCCAUAGCGGGCAGACCGAAGAAGCUACGGCCGUGUUGAGAAAGAUGCUUAAAGAACGCCUGACGCCCAAUGCAGUGACGCUGGCGUCCAUCCUUCCUGCCUGUAGCCCGGUUGGAGGAAUCCGAGCUGGUAAAGAGAUCCAUGGGUUUGCCGUUCGCCGGUAUCUAGACGAGAAUGUGUUCGUGGGCACAGCAUUGAUCGACAUGUACUCCAGAUGCGGUCACAUCUCGUUUGCGGAAAGAACGUUCGAUGGCAUGGAGGACAGGAACACUGUCACUUACACAACGAUGCUGUCAGGCUUUGGUCAGCACGGGCUCGGUGAAAAAGCUUUGACUCUGUUUAGCUCCAUGAGAGAAGCAGGGGUAAGACCCGAUGGCAUCACCUUCGUAGCACUUAUAUCGGGGUGUAGUUCCUCCGGGUUGGUAGACGAAGGUGUCGCAGUAUAUGAAUCAAUGGAGGAAUUUGGCGUAGAGGCAACUCCGGAACAUCAUUGUUGCGUGGUGGAUUUAUUGGGUAGGGCUGGAAGAGUGGAGGAAGCAUAUGAGUUGGCUAAAGGAUUAGGGGAUGAUGGAAAUUAUGCAGGAAUCUGGGGUUCUUUGCUUGCCGCAUGUAGGAUUCAUCGCAAACUGGAGUUGGGGGAGUCGGUAGCUGACAGGCUGUUUGAGAUAGGGAAGGAGAGGGGACUUGCGGGUUAUCGUGUUCUUCUUUCGAACGUGUAUGCCGCCGACAGGAACUGGGACAAUGUGGAUAGGGUGAGAAAGGAGAUGAGAGAAAGAGGACUGAGGAAGGAACCUGGUUCCAGUUGGAUCCAAGUUGGGGAUUGGUCACACCGAUUCAUGUCUCGGGACCGAACCCACCCAGAGAACGACCAGAUAUAUGCGAUGCUUCGAGGGUUAGCUUUGGAGAUGAAAUCACCAGGUUAUGACACCACCCUCCGACCUUGCGAUUCUGAUUCCACAAGCAGCAGUAUGACAACUUUGUUGGAUGCUAGUGCGACGUGAAGGUAGACCCUGCGCAUCUCCUCUAUUACUCUAUUCUUCUGCCUGUGAUCUUUUGGCUCCCAUGGGUGAGAGAUGAACGAUAAGAUUCGCUUGUGCAGAGGACAUUGAUCCGACUGAGUGACAGACAAAACAAUUCUAAUUGCUUAUGUAUGUAUGUAUGUAUAGCUUCAUAAUCCCGACUUCGUUGUGAGGUAUGGGCACGAGAAGACU